GGAACAGGUGGAAGCUUUGCAGCUUUUGAGAAGGCUUGUUUUCAUGGCGAUCAGUCACAGGUGCCUGUCUCAAUGCUCGACAUGCGAGGUGCAAUGAACAAGUUCCCCUCAACUGCUCAGCAGACCUCGCAACGACACAUCUGCAGCAAGGUGGUUCGUUUUUUGGGCCGGCUUGUUCAGGAGUUGGGAAACGCUCUUCCCUGGCAAAGAAGCUUCCAGCAGUGCGAAGUCUCGGCGACCCCAAGCUAUGAGGACAUUUGCAGCGACAGGGUGGACUUGCCUGCGCAGGCAGCUUCUUGCGACCCCAGCGGAAUCAUUUCCAAGUGCCUUUCAAGUCAAAUUGCAGAUGCUUCUUGCAUUUUCCCAGCAGGUGUGGUUUCUGCUCACUUAACUGUUCCCCAGAAUAAGAGAAGCGAGUACCUCAAACUUACCUGCAGAGAGUUGGAAUGUGGCAAGCUGCGUCUGCGUCGGCAAGUGUGCGGAAUGGGCGGAGUGUUCGCUGUCGGAAAGCGAGGCGGCAGACAGCGCAAGAUAUGGGACGGGGCUGGCCUUUCUCAGAUGGCAGCUGCCCCGCCGAAGCCCAGACGGCUCGCCAACCCAUCCUCUUUCCUGGAUGUGCAGUUCGACGUCGGACAACAGGUGUUCUUCUCGAAGCGUGAUGCAUCAACCUUCCUUGACACCUUGCAGGCCCCUGAAGUGCUGCAGCCCUUUUUUGGGCAGCCCGCAGUGACAGCCCAGGAGCUUCUGGAGCAUGGGAUGACACGCGAUGCCAUCGCCAAAGCCUGUGACGACUCUGUGAACGCUGACGUGAGUGGCCACCUUUACCCGGUGCACGCAGUUUGGCCAAUGGGUUUUGCUUGGUCGAGCGCGGUGGCGCAAGACACCACGCUCGCGGUGUGCGCUUCUGCGGGCAUUGCAGAGGAAAGCAUCCUCUCGCUCGACCAUGACGUGCCCGUGAAGCAGGAUGAGCUCUGCUUUGUGGCGACUGACGACACCGUUUUACUGCACACUAGCAAAACCAGGGGCCAACGCACGCUUGCUAACCUUGACGCCGCUUUCGCCGAGCAUGGCGUGCCGAGAAACGUGGCAAAGGACGUUUCUCUGGCAAAUGAAAUCUCCGCUCUUGGGUGCGAUUUGUCGAGCACUCCCGCCACCAAGCCUGUCGAGGGGUGCGCAGCUGCAAGUACUCCGGCUUCCGUUUCGCCUUUGCUGCCUUUGCCCAGCUCUUCUACUUCAGCGCGGCAACCCCGGUUGACUGCGGACUUGGGUCGGGGCAGCAAGGUGGACGGAUCGCUUGGGGAACGCACUCCGCGCAUCCCUCCUAGCUGUCCUGGGACGGUAAGUUUCUUCAGCAUCUACGAUGGGGUGUACUCUUUUGCGCGCAAAGAGCCGGCUACUGAGUUGACCAGGGUGCCGGAAGCAGCUUUGAACGAGAUGCUUGUUACUCUGCUUCUUGCCCCGCUUCUCUCCGUCGACUUGGACAGACAGCCGCUGCAGCAACUCGUGGCGACUGAUGCUGCCCCGCAGUUCGGCUUUGGAGUGUCCGUGGCUUCUUGCAGCAGGAAGGAGGCAGUGGAAAUCUGUGGCUUCGCGAGAGGCGUGGCGAUUACGCUUUCAGCCACUGAGAAGGACUUCAAGACCGUCAUCAGUUCCAAAGCAAAGUGGCCUGCGCACUCUGGCGUCUUGGAGGCCCAUGCUUACUUGCUCGCGCUGAGAUGGGUCGCACGCCACGCGGCCAAGCACGGCAGCAAAGUACCGCUGCUGGUAGACGCCAAAGUGGUUGUGGGGGCUGUGACCAAAGGACGCAGCUCUGCAAAGGCCUUGCGGCAUGCUUUGCGAUCCGUAGCGGCAGUUUCCAUGGCCGCAAACCUUCUUCCGCGAGCAGUGUAUAUCCCUAGCGAGUCUAACCCUGCUGAUGCACCGUCUCGCGGAAAACGGAACAAGCCAAGAAGCGACCGGUUCUGUAAAAGGACCAGCGUCAAGCGCCGCCUUCUGUCAAGCCUGCAGCAACUGGUGUGA